AUGCGGUGCAUCAAAGACGAAGAUGGUAAGGAUUUGGUGGAAGAGGCGUGUAUCAGGCAUAGAUGGAAGGAGUACAUCGAUAGACUCUUGAACGAGGAAGGGGACAUGAACAUCGUGCUAGGUGAGUUGGAAAACUCAAGGAGUCAUAGGGAUUUUGGGUUUUGUAGGCAUAUUAGGAGGGAAGAGGUUGAAGGGGCAAUGCGGAAUAUGAGCAGGGGUAAAGCAACUGGUCCUGACGAGAUCCCAGUGGAAUUUUGGAAGGAAGGGCAUCAAGUUGUUGAGUCAUACUACAAAAAUUUGGGAGAGGAUGUGGAGAGGAGGAUGCGAUGUAGUGUUACAAUUUCCGAGAAUCAGUUCGGAUUUUUGUUGGGACGGUCUACUACAGAAGUCAUUCACUUUGUGAGAAGAUUGGUAGAGCAAUAUAGGGAGAGGAAGAAGGAAUUGCAUAUAGUAUUCAUAGACCUAGAGAAGGCCUAUGAUAAAGUCCCGAGAGAGGUCCUUUGGAGAUAUAUGGAGGCUAGCGGUGUCCCAGUGGUGUAUAUUAGGGUUAUUAAGGACAUGUAUGAUGGAGAAAAAACUCGGCUGAAGACUGCGAGAGGAGACUCGAAUCAUUUCCCAGUGAAGAUCGGGUUGUAUCAGGGAUCAGCUCUUAGCCCGUUUUUGUUUGCCUUAGUGUUAGAGUGCAAGUUCAGUGAUGGGAUGCAUGAAGAAGGAGUGAAAGUGAAGAUUGGUACUCAAGUCGUCCCCAAAAGAGAUAGUUUGAAGUAUCUUGGGUCUAUUAUUCAAGACAACGUGGAGAUUGACGAGAAUGUUACUCAUCAUAUUAGAGAGGGGUGGAUGAGACGGAGGCUCGCCUCGGGGGUUUUGUGUGAUAAGAAUGUGCUACCUGGACUUAAGCAUGUCAAGAAGUCCCAUGACCAGAUGUUGAAAGUAGUUGAAAUGAGGAUGUUGAGAUGGAUGUGUGGACAUACCAGGAAGGACAUGAUUAGAAAUGAAGUUAUUAGGGACAAGGCUAGGAGUGGCAUAUGUGGAGGAAAAAUUACGGGAAUCGAGGCUGAGAUAGUUCGGGCGUGUGAAAAGGAGAGACAUAGAUACGCCGAUCAGGAG